CUGACAUCCCCGGCACCAAGGCUGCUGUGCGGCAGAGCAGCGCGGCCCCGGAGACGAGCCCAGAGAGGCAGAGUGGAGCCAGUGAGGACCCAGCACUGCCCAUUUGGUAGGUGCGGUGCUGGGAGAGGCUGUGCUGGUGGGGCAGCGCUGGGCGGGCGGGCUGGGAGCCCGCGGCUGCCCCGGCCCGUCGCACCGGCCCGGCUCCGAGCGGCGCUGGCAGCGCCCCAGGGCCGCUGCUCCGGGUCCCGACCUGGAUCUCGGCAUGUCUGCGGCACAGCCGGCGGACACCCCAGACCCUGGAGAGGCUGGGACAUGCCCGGAGGAUGUCCCCUCCCUCAAGGAAAUCGAGCAGCUGCUGAGCACUGGGCGGCCCUCUUGCAACCACGUUGAUGAAGUUUGGCCUAAUCUCUUCUUAGGGGACCUAGUAACAGCGCACAAUAGAUUUGUUUUGUGGAAGAUGGGUGUGACCCAUGUUUUAAAUGCCGCCCAUGGCACAGCAUACAGCCACGGAGGCCAGGACUUUUAUGGAGCAACCAUUGAUUACUAUGGUGUACCAGCCCAUGACCUGCCAAGCUUUGACAUCAGCCAGUUCUUUUUCUCUGCUGCACAAUUUAUCCACAAUGCCUUGAACACGCCAGGAGCCAAAAUAUUGGUACACUGUGCCGUUGGAGUAAGCAGAUCAGCUUCUCUAGUCCUAGCAUAUCUCAUGAUAAAUCACCACCUCCCAUUAGUUGAAGCCAUCAAGACAGUGAAGGAGCAUCGAUGGAUUUCACCCAAUCGUGGUUUUCUGAAGCACCUGCGAAACCUGGAUGUUCAGCUACGGCAAAGGAAGGACUGCUGAACAGGCAACCCUAUCUCCAUUCACUUUACUGAGUUUCACCCUUCAGAGCCAUUGUGCAUAUGCAACUUCCCAUGAUCAGUGCACAUUACAAAAAUUAAGAAAAUGAUGCAUCGAAAUAAAAGCCCAACAGAAUGGUAAAUGGAUUAAUUCUGAUUGCUCAGUCCCUCCAAAACCAGCCCAGCCAACAGCAGCACUGUAACCACUGCACAGGGUGGAACUGCUGUGCCUUGAGCAGUGCUACUCAGUGAUUCCACUGAAGUGGUUAAGACAAAGUUUGUCCCUGGUUUCUGCUUGUGCCGGUGGCAAGUUCAGUGUUUGCAUCUAGCUACAAAGGAUGUUCGAGUCCCCUUUGCUUGGAAGUGUUAACAGAAUCAUCUUUCUCAGUUUGGUUAUAGUUCUCACAGGCAUGUUCUGCUAAGAAAAAUUUUGUGUUUCAGGGUGAUGAUGAGACAAGGGCAGUUUCUUGAGAGCCCAGACACUUGUACAGAAACGUUCCUCUUUUGCUGUUCUGCCAAAUAUUGUGGUGUUAUAGAAAGCUGUGAAAGCCACACCAUCAGAAGACCCACACCAUCAGAAUAAAUGCUUAUGAUGCUUCUGCAGCC